CAUGGGCCGUAGUGGAGUCACCACUCCUGUAGUACCGGUACAGUUCAGCCGUCAGGCCGUGGUCAUCUGUAAAUUUAUUUUUUAGGCUAAUGUCUAUAUUGGGUUUUGCUGCAGAAUGCAUCUUCUACUGAUGGUGGUAUGUAUAUCUUCCAUACAAGGAAUACUUGCAUCUACAGAUGGAUAUAGUCUUGUGUUGCAGCAUGAUUUAGGGAACGGGUUUUAUGUCCAAAGAGGAGUUAUUCUUUUUCCAACAAUGAAGGGCGAAGAUGCAGAUAUAAUCGGACAAAAAGAAUUAAACACAACUGAAUUACAUCUGAUAAAUAAAUUACAGAGUGGUAAUGGGAUUUAUAAACUCAGAGUUAGAAGUCAAUUGAUUACAACUGAUGUCGAUAAACAAACAAUUGAAGAUGGUUCAUUUGUAACAGCAUACACAGAUGCAAAAAGUUUGUUGGCUUCAGGUCUACAAGACGAAAUAACAAUUCUUACAGAUGGAUUAGGAAAUAUCAUAUCAAUUGAAGUCAAACUUCAGCAAAAUGCUGGAGAAUCAGAUCUUGAAAACUUUAGUACAAUUUUGAAAGUGAAUAGUAUUCAAUCAGGCCCUGUGCCUGACACUGCUGGUUUUCUUAAUAAAUUGAAGGAAGAAAAGCUGAAGAAAGAAAAAGCAGAUAAAGAUCCAAAAUCUUUCAUUGGAAAAUAUUGGAUGUACAUUCUACCAGUGGUCUUCAUAAUGAUGAUGUCAAGUGCAAAUCAGCAGCAACAGCAGUAGAAAGGAAGCAAGGCUUACCAGAAGUCUCAAUCGGAUUGUAUUGAAUCAACAAAACUCUGCAUCUGAAUAGAUUUUAUGUAUUCUCAUUAUUAUUAUGGCUGUCAGUUGUCACUACAGAAAGGGAUUGAAUGAUCCAUUGUAUCGCCUACUUUUGUGAUCCAAUUCUGAUGUGUUUUUUUAUUCUAAUUUAUUUGCAAACAACAAUGGGACCUCCUGAAGUAUGCGCACAACCUUAUCUCAGGUUGUGCACUAGGUUAGGGUUUAGGUUAUGCGACAUCUUUGUGCGCAUACUUCAGGAGCACGAACCAUGUAAAAAAACUUCAUGAAUUUGGAAAUUUAUUCUUACUAUAUUUGUUUGUUUCAAUGGGAGGAUAGUACGAUUCAAUUUUGAUUUUACUGGAGAGAGAUUUUGCAACUGACUAAAACAUCACAUGCAUUGGGGUUGAAGUGUAUGCAUCACAACAAAAAUUGUGUAGUUGUUGAUGGACGGUAUUGUCAAGAACCAUCUGUUUUAUAUCUGCCUGAGCAAAUAAAGUAAUAGGCACACCCUGCUUAGCACCAGAUAUAAUUUUUGCUAAUCAACGAGGCAAUUUUUUCGAAGACUGAA